AUGUCUGAUUCACAAGAUAUACAGAUGGAUCAAGCACCUCCAGAUUAUGAUCAAUCUCAACAAAAUAAUAAUAAUAAUCAACAACAACAACAACAACAACAACAACAACAACAAUCAGUACAACAACCAGUACAACAACCACAGGCUCAAUCACAACAAUCACAACAGUCACAACAGUCACAACAGUCACAACAAUCACAACAGUCACAACAGUCACAACAAGGCUCAAGUCAUCAUCACCAUCAUCAUCAUGGACAUCAUCAUUCAGAUAAACAACAAACACCAAUUGAUCCUAAUUUAAAUCCAGAAAAUAGAAUAGGGAAAUAUCAAGUUAUAAAAACUUUAGGAGAAGGAUCAUUUGGUAAAGUUAAAUUAGCACAACAUUUAGCAACAGGACAAAGAGUUGCAUUAAAAAUUAUUAAUCGUAAAACUUUAGCAAAAUCAGAUAUGCAAGGUAGAGUUGAAAGAGAAAUUUCUUAUUUAAGAUUAUUAAGACAUCCUCAUAUUAUAAAAUUAUAUGAUGUUAUAAAAUCAAAAGAUGAUAUUAUAAUGGUUAUUGAAUUUGCUGGUAAAGAAUUAUUUGAUUAUAUUGUACAAACUGGUAAAAUGCCGGAAGAUGAAGCAAGAAGAUUUUUUCAACAAAUUAUUGCUGCAGUUGAAUAUUGUCAUAGACAUAAAAUUGUUCAUAGAGAUUUAAAACCUGAAAAUUUAUUAUUAGAUGAUAAAUUAAAUGUUAAAAUUGCAGAUUUUGGAUUAUCUAAUAUAAUGACUGAUGGUAAUUUUUUAAAAACAAGUUGUGGAUCACCAAAUUAUGCUGCACCUGAAGUUAUAUCUGGUAAAUUAUAUGCUGGACCAGAAGUUGAUGUAUGGUCAGCUGGUGUUAUAUUAUAUGUAAUGUUAUGUGGUAGAUUACCAUUUGAUGAUGAAUUUAUUCCUGCAUUAUUUAAAAAAAUUAGUAAUGGUGUUUAUACAUUACCAAAUUAUUUAAGUUCUGGUGCAAAACAUUUAUUAACAAGAAUGUUAGUUGUUAAUCCUUUAAAUAGAAUAACAAUUCAUGAAAUAAUGGAAGAUGAAUGGUUUAAAAAAGAUAUGCCAGAUUAUUUAUUACCACAACAAAAAGAUAAACAUAAUAAAAUUGAUAUUGAUGAAGAUGUUAUAAGAGCAUUAAAUGUAACAAUGGGUUAUGACAGAGAUGAAAUUAUAAAUGUUAUUGAAAAUAGUAAUAAACAUAGUAUACCACAAGAUCAAAAUAAUGAAAUAUUAGAUGCUUAUUUAUUAAUGAAAGAAAAUCAUUCAUUAGUAAAAGAUUUAAAAAAAUCAAAACUGAAUAAUGUUGAAAGUUUUUUAAGUUCUUCUCCUCCACCAUCAGGAACAAAUGGAGGAAAUCAUUUUACAAAUCAACAUUCAACAAGUACUGCUCCUGGUGUACAACAAUCAUUAACUUAUCAAACAUUAGCAACAGUACCAGAUUUAUCACAAUUACCAAAUUCAACUAUAGCAAUAUUACCAUCAAGUUUACCAUCAAUACAUAGAGCUUAUAUGAGUGAACAUCAACCAAAUUCUCAAAUUCAACCACCACAACCAACAAAGAAAUCUAAAACAAGAUGGCAUUUUGGUAUAAGAUCAAGAUCUUAUCCUUUAGAUGUUAUGGGAGAAAUUUAUAGAGCAUUAAAAAAUUUAGGAGCAGAAUGGGCAAAACCAACAGAGGAAGAAUUAUGGACAAUAAGAGUAAGAUGGAAAUAUGAUGUAAGUAAUAAUAAUACUAAUAUAAAAGAUGAAAAUAAUGACAACAAUGAUAAUAAUAUUACUACAACAAAUCAACAACAAACAUCAUCAUCAUCAACUCCAAAUUUAAUGAAAAUGCAAAUACAAUUAUUUCAAUUAGAACCAAAUAAUUAUUUAGUUGAUUUUAAAUUUGAUGGAUGGGAAUCAGAAGAUGAAAUUAAAAAUUUACAACAGCAACAAGAAAAAUCAGAACAAAAUAAAUUAGAUUAUAAACAUCAAGAUUUAGAUGAAGUUGGAUCCUUUUCAGCUUAUCCUUUCUUACAUUUAGCUACAAGAUUAAUUAUGGAAUUAGCUGUUAAUAGUCAAAGUGGUUAA